ACAAACGAAGUGUUUUUUUUUAGUUUUUACAUGGCGGAUUUGUCUUCCUUUUCCAAGUUUCUUUGAGAUCUCAUCAAAUGCGCGCCUGCCGAUUUCCCCCCAUCUCUGUCUCCUCAAGCCUUCUCUUCUUGCUCUCUGCAACCCAUAUUUCCAUACCCCGUCUUCAACAAACCCACGUCCACGACCUUAAGGGUGGCAUCGAUCCAUCCAUGAAGCCUACUGCCUUAGUUUUAUAAUCUUCACGUUCUUCUGGGUUUGGUGUGUUUUCUUCUGCAACUUUCUUCUGUAACGCCCCCAUCGGUUGUUUUCCCGUUCUCCUCCUCUAUAGAAUCAAGCUAUGCAGCACCCCAGAUCCAUGUGCUCGAAGUCUUAAAUCAGCCUUAAACCGAACUAACCAAAGCUGGUUUUGCAAUUCCUUUUCACGUGGGUUUUUGAAUUCCUGAAUCUUUGUGUAACAUUGACUCAUCGUAGAUUCUUUUUCUGGAAAUUUUUGGAUUGCGAGAGCAGUAGAUGAAUGGGGGAAUUCUUCAUUCAUUCUAAUCGAUGAAUUGUUGUCUCUUAAUCGUUGACCGUUAACACUUGAAUCACUAUUCUGAAGACGAGAUUGCGAAAUUAUGAGCAUAAUCAGCAAAUCUCGUCUCGAAGCAAUUGUAUCUGCGUUCGUUACUGUGCAUCCUCAUGAAAUCUCGGCUCUGCUUCACUCUGCCUUCUGCUUCUUCUUCAUUUUGAGUGCCUAUUUUGUGGUGCUUCCAUUGCGUGAUGAGGGGGCCAUUUCUCUGGGCUUGUCCAAUCUGCCGAGCCUUUUUGUGGGAUCUUUGGUGCUCACUUUGAUUGCUGCACCUAUUUCCUCCCACAUUUUCUCUUUGCCUAAUCUUUCCAAAGGCAAGGCUUUGGUUUUGAUACACAGGUUUUUUAGUGUAUCACUCGUUGUAUUUUUCAUUCUAUGGCAAUCUUCAUCUACUGUCCACUCUUCCAAGGGGUUCUUUACAUUGUUCCUUGCUGCAAAAGAGGACCCAAAGGAUUAUGGUGACCAAUCAAAUUCUAUUUCUUCUGUAGAUUGGGAUAAACAUGGGUGGUUUUAUGUAUCAGUCAGAAUUGGAUUUUUCCUUUGGGUGGCUUUACUUAAUCUAAUAACAAUUUCCUCAACUUGGGCAAGAGUUAUUGAUGUCAUGGAUAGUGAGUCAGGUGCUAGAUUAUUUGGGUUCAUAGGUGCGGGUGCCACACUCGGCCAGCUUUUUGGUUCUCUAUUUGCAACAGUCAUGGCUUGGUUGGGGCCCUCUCUUCUCCUCUUUUCUGCCAUACUCAUGGAAUUCGCUGCACGAUUGUCUGAAGGGAUAAACCAGGAUAUGCCUCACUCUGGUGAAGAAUUAUCUCUCAUCAGGGAUGCAGAUGCUAGUCAUGAGAAUGAUGCUGAAGGGCUGGGUACAUCAGCUUUUAAAGGCCAUUCUCCCAAAUCAAAUUCUACAAUGAAGCCUCACCCAUGGGCGAUCUUCGAUGGAAUGCUGCUCAUCUUAUCGUCCUCCUACUUGUUGUGUGUAGCGUUGUUCCUAUGGCUGAGCGCUGUUAUCUCAUCCUUCUUCUACCUGCAGAAAGUGAGUAUAAUUGCCAUUACAGUCACUAGUUCUCUUGGCAGAAGAAAAUUGUUUGCCCUGAUAAAUAGCUUCAUUGCUGUUUUUAUCCUUGCUGGCCAGCUUACUGUAACGGGUCACAUUCUUACCAUAGCUGGUGUCACCGUAGCUAUCUGUGCUUCACCAUCAGUUGCCUUCUUAAAUUUGGUUGCAAUUGCUGUGUGGCCAACUUGGGUAGUCAUUGCUGUUUGUGAGACUGUGCGCAAGGUUACUACUUACGUCGUUACUCGGCCCGGGAGAGAGCUUCUGUUUACCGUUGUGUCGCAAGAUGAGAAGUACAAAGCCAAGAUAUGUAUUGAUGUGUUUGUUCAAAGAUUAGGGGAUGCUACAGCAGCAGGGAUGUACAAAUUACUCCUCAGCACUCUCCAUGGAAAAACUUCAACCAUUUCGCUCUAUGCUCUACCCAUAUGUUUGUUGUGGAUUGUCAAUGCAAUAUAUUUAGGACGUCGCCAGUCUCACCUCACACGUCUUCAAGCACUCUCCACGUCCUAGUCGUCCUAGUCUUUUAUACCGAUCCAUAAUAGUUGCAGAGAGAGGCUCGACGAAUUGUUGCAAUGUUUAGAAGUGUCUCACAGUUGCUACUAGCAUCGUCUUAGGUGGUAACCUUGUGUUAUAUUCAUAGAGUAGAAAGAUUUCAAUGUUAUACACAGUUGUGGGAUGUUGAUGGCCUGGACUUCAAGCAUUGCUCGCAGCAGAGGUAAUACAAGCAAUGUUUGAAGAGAAUGAUCCAUCUCCCUCUAUGUAGAAACUGCAUUGACUUAUUAUUAUUCUUAUCAAAUAUAAAUUUUCAU